AUGCCACUGAAAAGGAACAGUGUCAGUCCUUUGCGAGAUGAUACGUUUCAUUCCUCGCAACCAUCAGCCUCAAAGAAGAUUUGUAAUACAAGUGAUGGACACAUUCAGACUACGUUGUGUGACCAACAAUUGCGUCACGGUGAUUUUCAGGGAAACACAUGUUCAAGGUAUGACGAGGAGGAAGAUUCGGGAAUUAAAUCAGAGGCUGAUGACAGUAAUGGGACCAUAUCCUCUGAGGAGGACCAGGACCAACUGGAAUAUUCUAAGAAUUUCAGCUUUAAGCAGUCCACGCCAAAGAAAAGCAUAAGUCAGAUAAUCAAAGACAAGAAAAAACAGACACAGCUGACAUUACAGUGGCUUGAGGAGAAUUACAUUGUAUGUGAAGGAGUGUGCCUGCCUCGAUGUAUCCUGUACGCUCACUAUCUCGACUUUUGUCGUAAGGAAAAAUUAGAUCCCGCUUGUGCGGCCACUUUUGGGAAGACUAUACGGCAGAAAUUUCCUCUUCUUACAACCAGAAGGCUUGGCACCAGGGGACAUUCAAAAUAUCAUUAUUAUGGUAUUGGCAUUAAAGAGAGCAGUGCGUAUUAUCAUUCAGUGUACUCAGGCAAAGGUUUGACCAGAUUCUCUGGGAGCAAACUAAAGAAUGAGGGUGGAUUCACUCGGAAAUACUCCCUCAGCUCAAAAACUGGAACGCUGUUGCCAGAAUUCCCGAGCGCGCAGCAUUUGGUUCUUCAAGGAUCCAUCUCAAAGGAAAAGGUGGACACAUUGAUAAUGAUGUACAAAACCCACUGCCAGUGCAUCUUGGACAAUGCCAUUAACGUCAACUUUGAAGAGAUCCAGAACUUCUUGCUUCAUUUCUGGCAAGGUAUGCCAGACCAUCUCCUUCCCCUGCUGGAAAACCCCAUCAUCGUGGACAUCUUUUGUGUGUGUGACUCCAUUCUUUACAAGGUCCUGACCGACGUACUCAUUCCUGCAACGAUGCAAGACAUGCCCGACAGUCUCUUGGCAGAUAUACGAAAUUUCGCCAAGCACUGGGAGCACUGGAUGGUUUCAUCCUUGGAAAACCUCCCAGAAAUCCUGGCAGAGAAGAAGCUUCCGAUCGCUCAUCGAUUCGUCUCCUCUUUGAAGAGACAGACGUCGUUCUUACAUCUGGCACAGAUUGCAAGACCUGCCCUUUUCGACCAGAACGUCGUGACCUCGAUGGUGAAUGACAUCGAUAAGGUGGAUCUAAACAGCAUUGGAUCCCAGGCUCUACUCUCAAUGUCAAGUGCUGACUUAGACUCAGACUUCUACUCUGAGUAUGACUCCAUUUCCCUGUUCCAAGAACUGAAAGAUCUCCUGAGGAAAAACGCCACGGUUGAGUCUUUCAUCGAGUGGCUGGACUCCGUGGUGGAGCAGAAAGUCAUUAAGCCGAGCAAGCAAAAUGGGCGCUCCGUGAAAAAGCGGGCGCAGGAUUUUCUGCUCAAAUGGAGUUUCUUCGGAGCUCGUGUUAUGCACAACUUAACUUUGAACAAUGCCACCAGUUUUGGUUCCUUUCACCUCAUUCGGAUGCUGUUGGAUGAGUAUAUUCUGCUGGCCAUUGAAACCCAGUUCAAUAAUGACAAAGAACAAGACCUCCAGAACCUACUCGACAAAUACAUGAGAAACGCAGAUGCCAGCAAAGCCGCAUUCACAGCUUCUCCAAGUUCCUGCUUCCUCGCCAAUCGCAAUAAAUCAAGUGCUGCCGUGUCUUCUGAUUCGUCAGUCAAGAAUGAGUCCCACCCUGAGCAGGCUUACAUGUCUCUCACAGCCAAUCAGCACGGACUGGGGGCUAAUAUGGUAGUCUUCCAAGGGACAGAGUCAGACAGCUUCCCUCUCUCCGGACACCUGGACUUCUCGCAGAGCAAUGGUCCACUGAUGACUCCGCCCAUCUCCCCGGCCAUGGCGAAUCGAAGCAGCGUGAUUAACCAGGGCCCAAUGGCAGUCAGGCCUCAGAGGAGCUGCUCCAUCCAGCCACACCUCCCUGGCCAGAGCUUCCCCGACACCCUGUGUCAGAGCCUCCCUCACACCAGCUCCGGUCACUACCCCGGCUCCUCCAACUACCAGCCGGCGUUCAGGUCCCACUCCAACACCCCGACGUCGGCGUAUCAGCCUCACGCCGCCGAGGCCGGGCGAUACGCGUCUUUCGGCGCGCAGCAGCUGGCCAAAGACUGCUUCAGCAGCAGCUGCGCCGUGUCGUCCUACAGCUCGCGGGUGGCGUCGUCCUACAUCGGCGCCCCAGACGCCGUGGGCGAUGCCCAGGGAGCACAGCUCUUAGACUCCGCAGGUUAUUGUUUCUUAGGGGGCACGUUGAACGGCGCUGGCUGCCCCGGUGCUACUUACUCAACCGCGGCACACGGCGGUUACUAUGGCAACAGUAGCUACCCAGAGACGCAGAGGAUGAACUCGUUUAUCGACCAGCACGUGUCCGUCAUCAGCAGCGUGAGUAGCGUUCGCUCCGGCCCGACUUACACCGAGGUGCAUGACCCCCUCAACAUCCUGGACAACUCCGGGAGAAAAGGUCCUGGGCCCUACUACACCGAUCAGCCCAGCCUGGUCCCACGGACGACAGGCGGUAAGAGCAGCCCUCCCAUCCCCUCAUCCAUCUCCACCCCCUGCAUGUUUGGAUCUACUGCCCAAUACCAUACCCAGGAUCCACUGCUGUCUCACCAGGGCUCUUCUGAUGUCCAGGACAUGGUGUCCUCUCUGCCCCCCAUCAACACUGUCUUUAUGGGCUCUGCUGGAGGCCCCCCCUGA